GUCUCUCCCCACGUGUGUCCGCCUCCUUCGAUCCACAGCCACCAUGCUGCUCGCUCGCGCCCUGCGAUCCGCCGCCCUCUCCGCCGUGGCGCGCCGCCCCAUCCAGCCCCGGCCGCUGCUGUCCUUGCAGCCCAGCUCGGCGGCGCCUCCCGGCCCGGCCUUCGCCUUCGCCUCCGCCGUCUCCCGGCCCUUCACCCGCUCGCUGUGGGUGCUGCGCGGCGCCGGCCAAGGCCCCAGCCGCUUCCUCCUCCGGCCGGGCUCGCCCUCCGUCUCCUGCGCCUGCGGCGGCCUCCACACCGAUGGUGACAAAGCUUUUGCAGAGUUCCUCACAGAUGAAAUCAAAGAAGAGAAGAAAAUCCAGAAGCACAAAUCCCUCCCCAAGAUGUCCGGUGGGUGGGAGCUGGACGUGCACGGCACAGAGGCCAAGCUAGUGCGGAAGGUAGCUGGUGAAACGGUCACAGUUUCGUUCAACAUUAACAACAGCAUCCCACCAAGCUUUGACGAGGCUCAGGAAGGGCAGAAGCCGGACGAGCAAGAGCCUGAGCUCACGUCGACCCCAAACUUCGUUGUAGAAGUCACCAAAGACGACACCAAGCAGACGCUUGUGCUGGAUUGCCACUACCCUGAGGACGAGGUUGCUCCUGGCGAAGAAGAAGACAGCGACAUCUUCUCUAUCCGAGAGGUCAGCUUCCAGCCCACCGGAGACUCGGAAUGGAGAGACAAUAAUUACACCCUCAACACGGACUCUCUCGAUUGGGCUCUGUAUGAUCACCUGAUGGACUUCUUAGCUGACCGAGGGGUAGACAACACAUUUGCGGAUGAGCUUGUUGACCUCAGCACAGCGCUGGAGCACCAGGAAUACAUUCGAUUCCUCGAAGACCUUAAACUCUUUGUCAAAUGCCAGUAGGCUGAGAGAGCGUGAGGGCCUGUAUAUUUGGGGGGGGGUGUUUCUUAAUUUCCUUUGCUUUUUUCCCCCACUGAAGGCUGGACUUUGUUUCCAAAUGCUGUGGAACGAGAGCGAGAAAUGGGAGCUUCACCCAGAGUUUGUGUGUUAAACAUGCAUCCUUGGAAGGAGGAGAUGUCACUGUUUCAAAACCCUGCAGCGGUCUUGUUCACGACCUGACUGGAGUCACGCAGAUCCACUUCGAAGUUUUUGUAAAACCCUGUAGCCUCCUCUCACCCUUGGAAGUGUGGUUGGGGUUUUUGGAACAGUUGAAGAAGGAAAAGAAAAUGAUCUCAAAAUAAAACCAGUUGAAGGCUUU